AUGACCCGGCGGCUAUGUACGGAAUACAUUGACCCGAGAACUAUCGAGCCUAUAUUAGCCAACAGGCUUAUACCUCAUGACAAAGGCGAGGGCGCGGUUCGUCCAAUUGGCGUCGGGGAAGUUAUCAGGAGGAUUGUCCGGAAAUGUGUUAUGAAAGUGAUUAAGCCCGACGUGAUCGAUGCCAGUGGAUCGCUACAGGUGUGCGCAGGUCUUAAGAGCGGAA